UCCUGGACUUAUUGCUCAGCUAUGCAGUAGAGAGGAGGAUUAGCUCAGGCUGAGCACCAGUGUAAGGACUGGGCAUUUCUCCAUCACCUGGUGGACUGAGAGAGAGACUACUAUACUUUUUUUUCUUUUUUCCCCAGCUAAAACUCCUCUUCACCCCCUUAUCAUUGUCUCUCCUCCUCUCCUCCUCCCUUUCCACCCUUCCUUCCCCUCCAUCAAACCAUGACCCUUUUAUCAGAGGACCAGUCUGUGAGGCCCAAACCCUGCCGGCUCUCGGAGCCUGGCAAACACAUCAGCACCUCUUUGUACCCAACAGACUUCACCAAAGAGGACUACAUGGACAGUGGGGAGAGCCCUGUGUUUGGAGUGGUGGAGCCCCCCAGGCGCUCCAGGGGUCGCCUCAUCCUCCAUGGCAUGGUCAUGUUUGGAAGGGAAUUCUGCUACGCUGUGGAGGCAGCGUUCGUCACGCCGGUGCUCCUGAGCGUGGGCCUGCCCCGCAGCCUGUACAGCUUGGUGUGGCUGCUCAGCCCCAUCCUGGGCUUCCUGCUGCAGCCCAUCAUCGGCUCGGCCAGCGACUACUGCCGCUCGUCGUGGGGCCGGCGGAGGCCUUACAUCCUGACCCUGGGCAUCCUCAUGCUGCUGGGGAUCACCCUGUUCCUGAACGGAGACGCUCUCAUCUCAGAAAUCGUCAGCGACAGGUCGUUGAGGAGUACAUGGGCCAUCGUGGUGGUGAUGUUCGGUGUCGUGCUGUUUGACUUCUCUGCAGACUUCAUCGAUGGGCCCAUCAAGGCCUACCUGUUCGAUGUGUGUUCUCAUCAAGACAAGGAGAGAGGUCUGCACUACCAUGCUCUGCUCACAGGUCUGGGCGGAGCGUGUGGGUACCUGGUGGGAGCGAUGGACUGGGGCCACUCCGUGAUGGGUCAGCUGCUGGGCUCCGAGUACCAGGUCAUCUACUUCUUCUCCGCACUGACCUGGGGCAUCUUCCUCACCGUGCACCUUUUCAGCAUUCCAGAGCAACCUUUGGGAAAGGACCCGUCCACCUCCGACCCCUCACCUCCCAGUGCCCUUCGCCUACUGGGCCCCCACAGCAACGGCUAUGGAGCUCUGGCUAAAGAGCCCGUCUCACCUGUGGGGCCACCAUCGGCCCCGGACCUCAGGCCGAGGUCGUUCUCUGCUCUCGGAGAGGCCAACUCGGUGACCUCCAGUGCCAAGCAGCCAAACAAGGAGGCCCAGAAAAGAAUGACAUUCAGGUCGAUGAUGAAAGCUAUCAUCAACAUGCCAAACCACUACCGCCACCUGUGUGUGAGUCACCUGCUGGGAUGGACGGCUUUCCUCUGCAACAUGCUGUUCUUCACUGAUUUUAUGGGACAGAUUGUUUACAAAGGAAAUCCUUAUGCGGACCAUAACUCCACAGCCUACGCCACAUACGAGAGAGGAGUAGAAGUGGGCUGCUGGGGGCUGUGUAUCAAUGCUGUGUCCUCUGCUCUCUACUCCUAUGUGCAGCGCUUCCUCCUGCCAUACAUCGGCCUGAAGGGAUUAUAUUUCAUGGGCUACUUUGUAUUCGGCUUGGGCACCAGCCUGAUUGGCCUCUUUCCCAACGUCAUCGCCACACUCAUCCUCUGCAGCGUGUUCGGCGUCAUGUCCAGCACGCUCUACACCAUCCCAUUCAACCUGAUAGCGGAGUAUCAGCGGGAAGAGGAGGAACUAAUGAAGCUGCGAGGAAGCACUGGACCUCAGCGAGGCUCUGGGGUGGACUGUGCCGCCCUCACCUGCAUGGUCCAGCUGGCUCAGAUCAUCGUGGGCGCGGGUCUUGGCGCUCUGGUCAACUUGGCAGGAAGUGUAAUCGUGGUGGUCCUCUCGGCAUCGACCAUGUCCCUGUUCGGCUGCAUUUUCAUCGCCGUCACGAUCAGAUAUGUGGACUAAAUCUGCUAAUAUAAAAGUAUUUUUAAAUGGUAUUGUUUUAAUAAAUACAGAUUCUUUAUUAU